AUGAUGUCGGCGGCGCCAGGUAGAAGAGCGGCUGCUCUUCUGAGGGGUUCACAAAGAGUCUGCCUCCAAUGCGCACGAUCCUCCCCCACCGCCGCUCCCCUCCUCAGAUCAACAACCACCACCACCACCCUCCUCCCUAGACGUACCUUCGCAGCCGAAGCAACCGCCCCCUCCUCCCCAAUACCAGAACAACCCACCACCACAACCACCCAACCACCACCCACCCCUGGCCCAGGCCCCUCCCCCUACCGCAUCAAAUCCGCCCUCAUCCUCACCCGCCCCCCCCUCCUAACCCGCCUCCCCACCCCCUUCGAAUCCUCCUUUUACCUCUACCAAAAACGCCUCAACGAGCGCCUCGUCGCCCCCUUCCGCAAAGACUACUACUUCAAGCAAGACACCGCCCACGACCUCGAAUGGCGCAUCAAGCUCAAGGAGCGUCACGGCGUGCCGGCCAAGGACAUCGGGCGGUACAACCCCCGCGGCCGCAUGGCCUGGAACGACGAGGUUCUCGUCGGUAGCACCGCCUCUUCCCCGGAGACGCUGACAGAAGUCCUGCUCAAAGACGCAGAGGUCAGGGUCAGUGAAGAUGGUGAACUGAUCGCCCCGGAAGAAAUCGUGCCGGUGGAGAAACCUAUGCCGAGGAGGACGGAGGCGGAUGAGAAGGGGGAUAAGACUAGGUUGGAUAGGAAGCUGGACGAGACGCUUUAUCUUGUUGUGAAGAAGGGGAGGGAGGGGAAGUGGGGGUUUCCGAUGGGGCAGGUUGAGACUGAUGAGGCGUUACAUCAUACUGCCAAGAGAGCGCUUGCGGAGGCGGCCGGUGUGAACAUGAACACUUGGGUCGUCGGCCGUGUGCCCGUGGCUCACCAGGUGAUUGAGCCCGAGAUCGAACCCGAGACCAAGAAGCUCGUCAAGAGGGGGGAUAAGAUUUUUUAUCUCAAGGGGAGGAUCAUGGCUGGACAGGCGGAUCUGACGGGGAAUACCCAGGGGCUGACCGAGUUUAGGUGGUUGACGCAGAGGGAGAUGGAGAAGGUGCUGCCGAGGAGUGUGUGGGAGAGUGUCAAGGGGAUGGUGGAGUUGAGGUAG